GGACGGCAGCUCCCUCUGACACAGAGGCUGGCGGCAUAGGGCACCUUCGUAGGGUUCAUCCUGGGCAGGUGCUCUGGAACCUUCUCCCAGCUCGCAUGCCUGGGGAGGUGGCCAUCUCCCAGCCAGCCCAGUCGGGGUGCCAAGGAAGGGCCGGGCCAGUGGGGCCAGAGGCAGGCGAGGCAGGCAGCAGGAACUGGGCUUUUUAAACACUUAAACCCCAGGAAAUCGCGGCAUCGCCGGACGGGGAAAAUGAAAGACUUUGGAAGUCGCCAGGAAUUUGACUCUGCGAGUUGGUUUCCAAGAGCCUAAGUUAAGCAUCUCCAAGUGGAUAUUAAAAAGAAGCAGCGAGGCUCAGGGCGGCGGGGGCUGGAGGGGGUGGAGAGAGGACGCCGCCGCCGGAAGCUGGACGCUGGACGGCUGAAGCCACCGCUCCGAAGGCCAGGCGGCCGGUCCUCGCGCAGGAGGACCCUGGGCGCGGCGGGAUCCCUCCGGACCCACCUCUGGCCUCCUCUCCCCAGCUUCCCCCCUCCCGUCUCUCUCCUCGCUGCCUUUCCCUCCUGUUUUGAAGAGACAAUGCUACUUCAGUUUGGAGCACAAACAUAUGAUCAGCACAUGGAAAUGUGGUAAUUUGGAUGCAUUCGUGAUUGCAACAGAUUGAAGAAAUUAGACCAGACAAAGAGUGUUUUUGGAGGAGGAGGAGGAGGAGGCAGAGAGAGGGAGGGCGACGGACGGGUGAGAAAGGGGAGGACGCCUGCCUCUGAACCAGGGCCGCUGGGACUCCCGCCUGCUGCUAAAUAUACCCGUAGGAAUGGAGAGGGACCGGAUCACAGCCUUGAAGAGAUCCUUCGAGGUCGAGGAGGUCGAGCCACCCAACUCCACCCCGCCCCGGCGGGUCCAGACGCCCCUGCUCCGUGCCACUGUGGCCAGCUCCACCCAGAAAUUCCAGGACCUGGGUGUGAAGAACUCAGAGCCCUCCGCCCGCCAUGUAGACCCCCUGGGCCAGCGCUCGCCCAAGCCUGCCCUGCGGAGAGUGGAGCUCGCGGGGCCCAAGGUGCCUGAACCUGUGUCCCGACGCACCGAGCUCUCCAUCGACAUCUCGUCCAAGCAGGUGGAGAACGCGGCCACCCCUGGGCCGGCCCGGUUCGGGCUCAAGAGGGCCGAGGCGCUGGGCCACAAGACCCCAGACCCGACCCCUCGGAGGACGGAGAUCACCAUCGUCAAGCCCCCAGAGCCAGCCCACCGCAGGAUGGAGGCCCCUGCCUCCAAGACCCCCGAGGUGCCUGCCAGCCCUGCCAUCGACGCAGCCCCCAAGAGGGUGGAGAUCCAGGUGCCCAAGCCGGCCGAGGCUCCCGCCUGUCCCCUCCCACCCCAGACCCUGGAGAAUUCGGAGCCUGCCCUGACGUCUCAGCUACAGAGCAGGCUGGAGCCCAAGCCCCCGGUGGCCGAGGCCCUGCCCAGGAGCCCGGAGGUCCCCGAGGCAGCUCCCGGCAGCGCUGGCAACAUGGCCGACUCCUCCAGGGACGCCGCCCUCAAGCAGGCCGCGGCCACGCGGAACGAGAAGGCCCCCGUGGAGUUCGGCUACGUGGGCAUCGACUCCAUCCUGGAGCAGAUGCGGAGGAAGGCCAUGAAGCAGGGCUUCGAGUUCAACAUCAUGGUGGUGGGGCAGAGCGGCUUGGGGAAAUCCACCUUAAUCAACACCCUCUUCAAAUCCAAGAUCAGCCGGAAGUCGGUGCAGCCCCCCUCCGAGGAGCGCAUCCCCAAGACCAUCGAGAUCAAAUCCAUCACACACGAUAUUGAGGAGAAGGGCGUCCGGAUGAAGCUGACGGUAAUUGACACGCCGGGCUUUGGGGACCACAUCAAUAACGAGAACUGCUGGCAGCCGAUCAUGAAGUUCAUCAACGAACAGUACGAGAAGUACUUGCAGGAGGAGGUCAACAUCAACCGGAAGAAGCGCAUCCCGGACACGCGCGUCCACUGCUGCCUCUACUUCAUCCCUGCCACAGGCCACUCCCUCAGGCCCCUGGACAUCGAGUUCAUGAAGCGCCUAAGCAAGGUGGUCAACAUCGUCCCUGUCAUUGCCAAGGCUGACACACUGACCCUGGAGGAGAGGGUCUACUUCAAACAGCGGAUCACCGCAGACCUGCUGUCCAACGGCAUUGACGUGUACCCCCAGAAGGAGUUUGACGAGGACUCGGAGGACAGGCUGGUGAACGAGAAGUUCCGGGAGAUGAUCCCGUUUGCCGUUGUGGGCAGUGACCAGGAGUACCAAGUCAACGGCAAGCGGAUCCUCGGGAGGAAGACCAAGUGGGGCACCAUCGAAGUCGAGAACACCACGCACUGUGAGUUUGCCUACCUGCGGGACCUGCUCAUCAGGACGCACAUGCAGAACAUCAAGGACAUCACCAGCAGCAUCCACUUCGAAGCCUACCGCGUGAAGCGCCUCAGCGAGGGCAGCAGCACCCUGGCCAAUGGCCUUGAAAAGGAGCCAGACGCUGAGGAGAUGUAGACGCCCCCGGGACCCAUCCGAGUCCCCCACGCCCCAGGCCCGCCCAUUCACCCGUCUUAUUUCAUAUCAUUCUCUCCGUUUGUCACCCGUCUCCGCCCCUUUUACACACUGCCUGGUCACCAGAGAAGGCGCGUCCCCCGUGUGCUCUUCACCAGCCCGAGAUCUCCGGGCACAUGGCUGGACCUCGGUCUGGUCCUGGUCCUGGGCCAGCCUCUGGCCUUCCUGAGGGCUGGGAGGGCUGGGCAGUGGGCAGAAGGGAGGGCCCCCUGGAUCCAACCCCCUGCCCAGGUCCAGCUCCCGGGGGCCAGGAGAGCCACUGUCUGCCCCCUGCACGGAGCCUGCAGAGCUGGGGGGUCUGUGCUUGGGCCAGGUCCAGGGUGCAGGGAUGACCACUGGGCCAUACUCUGUCCCAGUGGCCACGUCCCCUGGCCCCUGUCGGAGGCUGUACCCAGGGGAGGACAGAGCCAGCAGGUGGACCUGGAGCCCCUCCUGCCCCCUACAUGUCAUGGGACAUGACUCAGCACCCCGCCUGCCCCACUGCUUAGAGGUGGCAAGUCCCCGGCUGCCCCUGCCCGCCCAUGAGCCCGGAGCAGAAAGUGCCUUAUCUCAGCGUCCCUGUGUGUCCCCUCAGGCCAGACAGGCUGCAGGCAGGAGGCCUGUGGUGUCCCCUCUCCUCCCUCCCUUUGCCUGUGGGUGCUGCAGUGCCAUCUGGUGAGGAUUAAAGGACGGAGGUACCUCCACCCUGAAUUUUGGGCAUGUCCCGCACUCUGGUGGAGGGGUGAGGGGCGAAGCAGUGGGGGCCACCCUGCAGGCGCAGGAGGUGCGUUGGCACCUGUGGAGUCUGGCUUGGCCCAGAUGCUCCGGCUACACUCAUGCCCCUCCUCCACCUUCACCAGCUUUGCUCCUGCUCAGCCCUCACUGCCCCAGAGACCUGGGUACACGGGAGGCCACAGAGCCUGGCUGUUGGUUGUCCUCCAUGUUCCUGGGCCUCUGUACCCUAGAGUCCGAUUUGAAGUCCCCAGAGAGGGAGAGACAAGGGGUCAGAGAUACACAGAAUACACCUAGGCUGCAGAGAAAGGCUUAACCGUGACACAGCCUGGUCCCCAAGAGGGGACUGGUAGGGACCACGCACAGCUGACCUUCCUGCCUCCCAUUCCAGGAGAAGACAAACCCCUCUGCCCCACAGUUUACAUGUCAACUACCGACUUGCCAAGUUUUUGCCAAAACCAAGACUUUGAAAGUGUGCAGCCCAGGGUCCAGGACGCAUGGCCCUGCCCUCCCCAGCCCCCAUGUCGCCUGGGGUUAGCAGCAUCCCGGCUCCGGAAGGCUUUGCUUCCUUUCUCUGUAACCAGAUUUUGAACAGUUUUGCUGGGCUGUGUUCCGUAAUGGCCUUUAGCUCUGUGCCUCCUGAGAAAUUCGUCUCUUUUUGUAUAAAUAACAAAAAUGUUGAAAUGUAUUUCCUGAAAUAAAUGUUUCAAAUGCAAACUCA